AUGACAAAAUUAGUAUAUAUAGACAUGCUCUGCUUCUAAAAGUUCCACGGAAUCCCAAACAGUAUUGAUUGCAUCAAGCCAUCUGUGUAUGUGUAUAUCUGAGAGUGAAGAAAAAGAGACAGAGUAAUGGAGAUGCAAGGUCAAAGAUUGGUUCUGGUUCCAUGUCCAUACCAAGGCCACAUAAACCCUAUGCUUCAGUUAGGUACGUUUCUUCACUCGAAAGGAUUUUCCAUUACCAUCGUUCACACCCAAUUCAACUCUCCUAGCCCUUCCAACCACCCGGAGUUCACCUUCAUUCCGAUUCCUGAUGGCCUAACUGUUCCUCUAGUCUCAUCUGGGAAUAUAGUAGCUAUUCUGUUGGCCAUCAAUGCAAAUUGCAAAUCGAGUUUCGAACAAUGUUUGACUACUCAAGUAAUGGAACAAGAACCGGAGAAGAAGAUCACCUGCAUCAUCUAUGAUGAAUUCAUGUACUUCUCUGCAGCUGCUGCUAAUCAUCUAAACAUCCCAAGCAUCAUCCUCCGUACUACCAGUGCGGCCAAUUUUCUUGCUCGUAGCACUGUCAUAGAACUUCAUUCGAAAGGCCACAUUCCCUUCCCAGAGUCUGUGUCAUUGGACCCGGUGCCCCAACUUCAUCUUCUCAGAUUUAAGGAUCUGCCCAUCUCAACCUUUGACACAUUAGAGAACUUUUUGAGAGUAGUAGUUAACUCGCAUGAUGUUAGGAGAUCUUCAGCCAUAGUUUGUAAUACCACAGUCUGCCUUGAUCAAUCAUCACUAGCACAGAUCCAAGAACAUUGCCAAGUACCGAUCUUUUGCGUAGGCCCUCUUCACAAACUCAAUACAGCGGCCCCUAUUAGUAGUUUACUUGAAGAGGACACAAGUUGUAUUGAGUGGCUUGACAAGCAGUCUCACAAGUCAGUUAUCUACGUCAGUUUGGGGAGUGUAGCAUCCAUUGGUGAGAAAGAACUAGCAGAAAUGACUUGGGGAUUAGCUAACAGCAAGCAACCUUUCUUGUGGGUGAUCAGACCUGGCUCCAUUAACGGUUCAGAUUGGAUAGAGCUGUUGCCUCAAGAGUUUAGAGAAGCUAUUGGAGAAAGAGGUUUCAUAGUGAAAUGGGCACCCCAAAGGGAAGUUUUGGCUCAUGGCGCUGUGGGGGCGUUUUGGACUCAUUGUGGCUGGAAUUCAACUCUUGAAAGAAUAUCGGAAGGGGUUCCGAUGAUUUGCAAACCGUGUUUCGGUGAUCAGAAGGUGCAUGCAAGGCAUGUUAGCGAAGUAUGGAGACUAGGUAUAGAAUUGGGGGAUGUGUUUGAGAGGGGAGAGAUAGAGAGAGCUGUUAGGAAAGUUUUGGUGGAUAACGAUGGGGAGGAAAUCAGGGUGAGGGCUAAGGAUAUGAAGGAGAAAAUACAAGUUUCUAUGAGCAGUGGUGGAUCUACCUACAAUUUCUUGAAUAAGCUUGUUGAACUCAUCAUCAGAUUCUAAACUGCAAUAACGGCAGCCUCUUCACAAUUAGCUUGGUCCUAGCUAUCUGCAUAGAUGAGGCUUCUAGGAUCUGUUUGCAAACUUUGUCAAAUUGAUAGAUGAGGCUUCUAGGAUAUGUUUGCAAACUUUGUCCAGAAGUCCGUUCUAUGCUAAUGAAAAUUUUAGACUUUUACUUUUAUUGAGAAUUUGAAAUUAUAACUAUUUACCUUGCUCAUCUUAAAACUUAAAACUUGUAUAAAUCUGGUCGUGUAAAAGUAAACCUUGUGUAGCUAAAGAGGUUUGGCUCAGUUGGUAACGGUGGACCUGUAGUGGA